AUGCCAGACCGCGAGACCGAUUCCGAGGCCGCGGCCGCCGUACUGCGCGGCCAGCGAAGGCACUUUGAAGGAUGGCACGAGUUCCACGUAAAGGACCAGACAAGGCUCGUUGCCGAGGGGCGUGAAAUCCACAUCUACCCUGAGAGCGGGAGGAAUUCCUUUUGGAUUGACGACGGCACGGGGCCGGGAGGCGAGCCUCUUGAUCCAGGAGAUCGGGUGAGAGUGUACAACGCCAUCGUCGAGUUCAGGACGGAAAAGGAUAAAUAUCCUAUGAGGCAAACGGGCAAUAUUGUGCCCAACAACGACUUUAAACCCUACAACUACUGGACACAACUCCCCAUAAGAGAACGAAACCGUUGA